UUCCCUCCCACCCGGGAAAAACACCGGAGAAUCCAGAAAGCGGCAGAGACUUGAUCUCUUAUGCGGGCUCAAGAGGACUGAAAAGAAAACCUGGGAAGCCAAAGGAUGGGAUCAGAAGGAGAAAUGAUCAACCUUCACACAGCUAAUGCUGGCUCCAGAACAGAAAGCAUCAUCAACAUAAAUCAUUAUGCAACUAAGAAAAGUGUGGCUGAGAGCAUGCUGGAUGUGGCCCUGUUCAUGGCCAAUGCAGCGCAGCUGAAGGCAGUGCUGGAACAGGGACCUUCCUUCCAGUAUUAUGCUGCCUUGACUGCUCUCAUCACCAUUUCCCUCUUCUUCCAGACAGCCAUUGGGAUUCUCCUCAUUAUCAUGGCUCGGUUGAACCUGAAUGAUGUGGCAAAGCAGCAGCGCCUGGAUUUGCUCAACAACAUUGCCACAAUCCUCGUGUUCAUCACAGUCAUUGUCAACAUUUUCAUUACAGCCUUCGGUGUGCAGAAGACAGGACUCUAUCCAAGUGGGUAUGGUCGGAGAAUCUACUGAGCCUUGCAAGGGCUGGAGCACAUGACGGAUGAUCAGGAUACCUUCUUACACUUUUACUGACCUCAAACCUGAUGUUCCAUUUGUGACUAUUUGGAUAAACUGAGUCAUGGACCUUUGGGAGUUGCUUCAUGGGAGCAGUCACUACAAUGUGCUUGCUGUUCUGAAAACUAGAAAAUAUUUUUUCCUAUUGCAGAAGAAGAAUAUCAUUUCAAUUUAAUCCAUAAGAGAAUGUGCCCCCACUCCAACUCAGAGUUACUUCUUUUCUCAAUAUUCUGCAAUGAGAUCCACAAGCAAUUCUGCAAAAGGGCUGCAUAAAAGCAAAAGCUGCCUAGCUAGUAAGAAAGGCGCAACCCUCAAGGACCGAACAAUAUACUCGUAAACUGAUAAAAGUAGUAGCAGUCAUUGUAACAGUAAUUGUUAGGGGCAAUUGUUUCUGCAAAACCGAGUAAAACUGCAGAUGAAAGAAAAACCUGCAAUAACUUGGUAGUCAAAACAUUCAUGACUGCCAAAGUAUGUCCCAAGGGACACUAACAUGUAAUGUGCCCAAAGUAAAAAUGAAUUAAACCACCUCUACCUACCAAGAAAACAGCCUACUCAGUUUAUCUCUGGGUGAGAAGAAGGGCACCCAUUUUGUCUCUGGCUGUGUUUGUCCCUGUUGCUCCAAUGAAAAAACAUCAGGGCUAACCAGCUCAGCAAAAAGAAAAUUUGUUUAGAAAAGGGACUGGCACAAAACAAAGUACAGGUUCAGUCUCCGGCGAGGUACAGACUUUGCAAAUGUGCCAUGCUGGCGCCAAUUUUAGGGUUAGGGACCACACAGCAACCACACGUUCCCUAACCCUAACAUGGUGCAGCACUGUAACAGUGGCGGUGCCCCAUGUACAUGUGCGCUGCCAUUGUUACGUAAGCGCACACGGCAUCUGCAUGUCGCCAUGCGGUGCUUACAUAACAAGGCUGCGGCUUCCCUCUGGGGGAAAUUAGGCUGCCGGCAGGCCGCCCUUUCCAGGCGGUCGUCCCACACUUCCCUUAUCUGGAAUUAUGAAAUCUGAAAUACUCCAAAAUUCAAAAUUGUCCAUAUGGGUGGUUG